AUGGGCAGCAGCAUCUUAUCACAGCACCACGUGGACAAAACUUCAGGGGUCCAGGAGCUGCGGGAACAAGUGGGUCUGGAGGUCCAGCCAGAACUCCACCACGUGUCCAGCAAGGCCUUCUCGCUAGCAUCACAGGCACCCAGGUGCUCGGGUGGCCGCACAGUCAUCAGUCACCCAGUGUGGUUUCCAUCAGGUCAAUGCGCUGUGAUGCCAAGCAUCAAAGGACAAGGCCCGUGCACCUCCCACAGCUGUCAUUGCUAUGACGUGCAGAGGCACUCCCCGCCCGGCCGCUCCCCGGGGGCGCUCACAAAGCGGGCGGCCGGCCGGGAGUUCGGGGUGCGCUCCCACGGCGCGGGGCUCCUCGAGGCUCAGCCAUCCGGAGAAAGGCGGCUCGUCGCUAUUAUGCAGCCGCCGCCGCCGCUGGCCCGGCCAGCUCGGCAAGGUGGGGUCCCCUCCUCGCCGCGCCGCCCCGCGCCCGCCUCGGCCCCGCUCCCUUUCUUCUCCUCCUCGCGAACUUGGGGAGCCCCGGGAGCCCCCCGGCUCCGGGCUCGCAACUCCGCGCCCGCGGCCGGCACCGGCCGGGCUCGGGACGCCCCCCGCGCCGCGUGUUCGCGCCACCCCCGCCCCACGCGGCGCCCCGCGCACUUUCCCCGCCGCCGACCCACCUCGCCCGGUGGCCGUCCCCGCGCGGGCCGGCGGCGCCGCCGCGCCGGGAGGGACGCACUUUGUUCGCGCCGGUGCGGCCGCCGCUCCCGGCGAGCGCGGCGUGGUCGGUCCCGGGCGGGGGGCGGGGGUCGCCGCCGUCCCCGAGCCGCCGCCGCUCAGCCGCCCCGCGCCCGCGCGCCCAUCGCCCACUCGCACUGGAGUUGCAGCCCAACUUUUCCUCCUUCCUUUUUCUUCCGAAUGGAGCCGGCAACUCGUGCUCGGCGCCGGCGGGAGGAAACGCGCUCGCGCUCCCCCGCGCGCAGACACGCUCCCUCCUGUCCCCCGUCCCCCCCCCACGGCCGGCAGCACAACAAAAAGCCAUUUACAUGCGAGGAAGUGACCCUCGGCCGGACCGCGCGCCCCCGCCGCCGCCAGCCCCGCGGACGCAGGCAAAAGUUGGGGCGCCGGGCGGCGCUCGGGGCGCGGGUUCGGGCCCCGCGGCGGCGGCGCUGCGCUCCUGCGCCCGGCCCCCGCCCGUCCUCGCCCCUCGCCCCGCACACGCCCAACUCCUCGCUCCCAACUCCUCGCGCGGCCCCGGCCCCCGCCCGGAGCGAUUUCCUGCCGCUGCCGCCCCUCCCGGAGGCGCCCGGCGAACUCUCGCGCUUACCGGGGCGGGCGGGCUCCUCCGCCGCCCGGUGCCGAGGGGGGUACAAAACGCAGAGCGGGCUCCGGAGUUGGCUCGGCGGCCGCGGCCAGGGGGCUGGAUCCUCGGGCGCGGAGUUGGCCGGGGGCGAACGGGGCUCUGGCGAGUUUCAGGGUCUCCGGGUCCCCAGGCCGCCUCCUCCGCGGCGCUCCUUUGUGUAA